GUAAUAGAUAGAAUGAGCGCAUUUCGGCAAAACGAAGCGCGUUGCUUCAGUGAAAACUCUCCUAGGCCGCCAGUGCCAGGUAAAAUAAAAUAUUUAAGUAAUAGAAUAGAAGAAAGCGAAAGUUUUCCGUAUUCUAGGAGAGGAAAUGGUGGUUGCGAUGUUUCGGCGCCGUUGGGAUUCGAACCGGAGGGUUGUUGCGGAACCACUACCAUGGAGAGCAAUUCGCCCCCUGCUUACGCACGGUGGGCGAGAAGUCUGCACUCCCUGUUAGAGGAUCCGAUGGGUUUAGAGCUGUUCAAGAGGUACCUAAGUCAGGAGGGGCAUUUGGAUCCGCUCAAUUUCUGGUUCGCCUGUGAGGGCCUUAAAGAGCAGAAGGACAUGGAGAAGAUCUCGCAAUUGGUGAAGCUCAUCUAUCGAAGGUUUUUUCUCAAGUCGCAACUAAGCAUACCAGAAGAUGUAAUGAAAGAGGCAGAUCGACGGGUUAAGGAGGGUCGUGCUGAUCACAAAGUGUUCGACAUAGUGCAAUUAGAGGUCGAGCGGUUGAUCAACGAGACGACUUAUCCCAACUUUCUUCAAUCUGACGUGUACCUGCAGUACAUUCAGUCCUACCAGCAUCCUGAUUCCGGCGGUUGCCCGAGCUCGAGUUCAGGUAGUCGUGAGAUGUCCCUCUCCUGCGGACCGAGUCUGCUGCCCACCGUGCAUGAAGACAGCGAGUACAUCGGCACUGGUUGUGUACACAUGCACAAUUCGCACUCGACCGGCGAGACGCCCGGAGAACUGAGAUUGACCAAAGAUAUGCUAAUGGUUACCCAACAGAGUAGAGCGAUGGAUCUACGACCGAGGCCAGAAGCGUACGCCGGCAUUUACUUGCAACAUGGGGCUAGUCCGUAUCACAUGCACGUAUCCAGAUUGCACCCACUAUAUUCCUCUUACAACCCAGUAUCCAGACAGGAUUCUGAGCUUCAGAGUUUGAGCAGUGAUGCACGUACCGAGGUGGACAAUGUGUCCCUCAACGACGGAUCCAUCGAUAGUAUGAGCAGCAGACAGAGAAGCAAGAAGCAAUACAGCAAGCAAUCUAGUAGGGCAAUUAAAGAAUCCGCGAAUAUAAAUCGCGAAUCCAUGGCGCAUCAUGUUGUCCCACGAACCCAACGUAUGGCGUCUCCGAAACAGAUGUCGGCGGAGCAAUUCGCGGAAAUGCUCACACAAAAAUUGGAGAUCCUGAUACAAGAGCAGAAGGCCCAUGAGAAACUGGAGAAAUAUCUGUAUCAAGAAAAUGACGCAUCGAUCGGUAGCGAUGCGUUAGUAGAACCUUGUGGAGCUUCCAAGACUCUGGGUGAUGCGCUGAAGGAAAAGUUGUCCAUGGAUGAGGACAGUGAUCAGGCUAUUCUCGAUGAGCACGUGUCUCGCGUUUGGUCAGAUCAAACACCUUCAAGAUCUCCCAGGCUUUCACCCGAGAGAAGGCGCCCCACCCACAAUUAUCCACGGCCUUACAAGCAGAGGAAAGAGAAAGACAUGGACUCCACGUUCUCGGUGGACAGCGGUAAUAUCCAUGACUACCAAGAGGGUAGCGACCUUGUUGGAGCCGGCUCUAUGAGUUCACUGGGCUCACACCUUCCCAAAUCUAAAUCUGUGCCAUCAGAUUAUGGUGAUUUCCUUCACAAGCAGGAUCUGCAUGGUCAAGGUCACGACCAAAGAUUCCGAAGGUCGGACAUGACGAGACGAUCAGCUACGAAAAAAUCGAUGACGGAGCUAACAGAUAGCGGAGUAAGCGUAGUCAGCGACGUGCAGCCUUCCAUAAACAAGGACGUUCGUCUGAUGCCUCGGUUUAAAGAAAUGGACAAGAAGAUUGAUUUAAAGCAUAGUAGUCGCCAUGGCAAGAGAUACGGCUCGCGUAGCGGGUCCUUGGAGAGGCCAAACAGAGAAACAUGGAGUAUGGGAGUUCCUGCUCAACCAUUCGUUGCUGAUCCGGGAAUGCCACCUCUGACACCACCUCACACGGUUAUACAAUUAGAGGAGACUUGUAGAAGACUAAUGGAAGAAAACAAGAUGCGCGCUAGUUGCAAGCGACACCUCAAUGUUUCGAAACAGACGUACGAGUUCGCGUCGCAGUGUCAACCGUACGUCCAAUCCAACCAGUCUACUUUGAGGAAACCGAAGCAGGACGACUUCACCACUGUUGUGUUCAGUUUCUGUGACGAGCAAUUCCCUUACAGGACCAAAAUUCCUGGUCACUACGUCACGUUGAAGCAGUUCAAGGAGUACCUUCCGAAGAAAGGGAGCUAUCGAUACUUUUUCAAAACGGAAUGCGAAGACUUAGAUAUGAAAGUUAUUCAAGAGGAGAUAACGGAUGAUGCCGAGGUUCUGCCACUGUGGGAAGGCAAAGUGAUGGCGCAAGUUAAGGCGCUUGAGUAAUAGACUGAAUAAAAAAAAAACGAAACGAAGCGCGAAUUGCGCGUAUUCUGACCAAGUGCCGCAAUAAAUAUUAUUUAAGUAAUCCGCCACUAAGUCGGCGCUCGGUAUUUAUACAUAUAUACAUAUUAACGCUUGUCAUGCGGCCUCUUUCUCAUAAUUGCCUAAGAAAAGUAGUUUUUAUCGAUGAAAAAGAUAAAAUAUCGAGUCGAGCAAUAUUGUUUCGCGCGUAAACGUUGCGGAAAAGCAAGAAAAAAAAAACGGCCUCACAUCGGGUUCUGUCGAUCGAAUGUCCUCGAAGAAAUCUUUUGUAGGUUUGUUCACAUCAUAAGUGCGGUAACUUUCAUUGAAUUUCUUUCCGCUCAAAUAUUUUUCAGUAAAAUUUAGUUAGAAGUGUUACUUUUAUUAUCGAUCAUGCUAAAGUUUUGAAUAUGACUCUCUUCAAUCAUAUUCAUUCUUGAAGAAUAUUUUAUCAUAUUGGACGUCUUUAUCUGAAAAUAGAGGUGUCAAAAAGGAGCCAAAACGUAAUAUAUUAUGUUCAUCGCUAAACAAAAUCUCUAUCUAACUUAUUUUUGCGCUCCAAUAAUCACGCUUAACUUAUUCGCUGUUUCUUUUUUACCAAUUGUUGAAUACAAUGUAUUUGUAUAUCAGCAAAAGAGGGGCCGUCUAUAUAUGAUAAGCAAAUUUUUGACCAUUUUUACCCCCCUCCCCCAUCCCCAUGUAAGCAAGCGUAAGGAUUUUGGAGACCUCCCCUAUAAUUACGUAAGAUUUUUGCGCACGUCGAUGUCCAAGAUUAAAAAAAUUUUCAAGGCAGAGUUACACGAUUCUUUCAAUAUUAUUAUACGAACGAUAUAAUUACAUUGAAAAAACUUCAGACAAAAGUCUUACGUAAGAAUAUAUGCGACUCCCUCCCCUCCCCCAUGUAAGCAUUCGUAAGAAUUUGUCUGACUCCUUCCCCAAUUAUAUGCUUACAUAAUAUAUGGACGGUCCCUUAGCUCUUGCAC